AUGGACCACCAUAGUGAUUUUUCUUGGUGUGGUGAUGGACAGGGGUUCUGGCCUAUUUCGUUCUACUAUGAUCUUACGUUAUGUUUCAUCGACGGUGUAUUGUUGAAUUUGACUUCACUAUUGAUGUUAGUUGGUGGGUCUUGGCGGCUUUAUACUUUAGUGGAGAGGCCUCAUCCAGGGAUAAAAUACAGGUGGAACUGGCUAUUGGUUAGCAGGAUUGGUAUGGUCUUAUUAUUUUUAUUUUUUAAUAUUCUAUCUGCGGCGAUGUCGGCAAAACUACAGCUGAAGUGGUCUAGUUCUAGCCAAUUCAGCUUAACGAUUAUUUCGCUGCUUGUUUGUUUAUGCCUAGAAUGGGUGUCGUAUAUGAGAUCCAAAGUUUCUGAUGGUCUGCUAAUAUUUUUCUGGUUGUUUCAGACUUUGUUUCAAGGAUGUAAGGUUAUCAAUUACUUAAUCAGGCAUAGCUAUGAGAAUAGGUGGCCGGUAUCGAAGGAUAUGUUUAUUCUUUUGCUGUUCCAAAUGAUCACUGCUUUCUUUGUUCUUUCUUUGGAGAGCUUGUUCAAGAAGUCUGUAAUGCCAUAUCAGGAGAUUAUGGAAUAUCGGUUAGGCCGAAAACGGAAUCCUGUUGAUUCUACCAACAUUUUGGAACGCCUUUCAUUUACAUGGAUGACUGCAUUGAUGAAAAUUGGUUAUGAAAAGUACUUAACUGAAGACGAUUUAUAUAGACUUCCAGAAUCUUUUCAAGCUAAGGCAGUUUCUCAGGAGCUGAACAAACAUUGGGAAACGGAGAUUAAAACGAAGGCCAAGCCUUCCUUAAUUUGGGCAUUGUUUCGGAGUUUUGGUACUAAAAUAAUUCUGAGCAUGGUUUUCAAGGUUGCGCAUGAUUUGUUGGCAUAUACACAACCCCAAUUAUUAAAGCUGUUAAUUAAGUUUGUAUACGAUUAUUCCACAGCUGUCUCGAAUGAUACGACUUUAGAGGAUCUUCCGAUUAUCCGUGGGUUUAUGCUUGCAAUAGCCAUGUUUUUAGUGGGUGUAGUUCAAACUACAGUGAUCCAACAGUAUUUUGCAUUAGCUUUCGAUUCGGGAAUGCAUGUUUCGAGUAGUAUGACCAGUAUGGUUUACCAGAAGUCUCUCAAAUUAUCCAAUGAGGCAUCGCAAACGUCAAUGACCGGUGAUAUUGUUAACCUGAUGUCUGUUGAUGUUCAAAGGUUACAAGAUUUGUCUCAAUGGGGACAUCUAAUAUGGUCUGGUCCAUUCCAAAUUAUCCUUUGCUUGUUUUCCCUGUAUAAAUUGUUAGGCCCUUGUAUGUGGGCGGGUGUUUUCAUUAUGGUGAUUACCAUCCCACUUAAUUCCUUAAUUAUGGGAAUACAGAAAAAGCUACAAGGAGUUCAGAUGAAGAAUAAAGAUAAAAGGACAAGAAUUAUUAGCGAGAUAUUGAAUAAUAUCAAAUCUUUGAAGCUAUACGCUUGGGAACAACCAUACAAAGCAAAACUAGACUAUGUAAGGAAUGAGAAGGAGUUAAAGAAUCUAGUUAAAAUAGGAAUCACAAAUACCAUUUCCGUCUUUCAAUUCAGUGUCGUCCCGUUCAUGGUAUCAUGUGCUACCUUUGGAACUUUCGUUCUGACUCAAAAGGACAAAGCUUUGUCCACCGAUUUAAUUUUCCCAGCUUUGGCUUUAUUUAACCUGUUAUCAUUUCCUUUAGGUUUUAUUCCUAUGGCUGCAACAUCUUUCAUCGAAGCUUCCGUUUCCAUAAAAAGAUUGCAUUCAUUUUUGACAUCCGGAGAAAUACAACGUGACGCAAUACAGCAUCUACCGAAAGUAGAAGAGAUUGGAGAUAUCUCAGUUAACAUUUCUGGUGAUGCUACGUAUCUCUGGCAACGUCAGCCCGAAUACAAAGUUGCGUUGAAGAAUAUUAAUUUCCAGGCCAGGAAGGGAGAAUUGAGUUGUAUUGUUGGGAAGGUUGGAACAGGAAAGAGUGCCUUAAUUCAAGCAAUGUUGGGUGACUUAUUUAGGGUCAAAGGUUCUGCUACUCUACAUGGUAGUGUUGCCUACGUCUCGCAGGUCUCAUGGAUUAUGAACGGAACUAUCAAAGAUAAUAUCUUGUUUGGCUACAAAUAUGACGCAGAGUUCUACGAAAAAACCAUCAAAGCAUGUGCGUUAUCUUUAGAUUUGAAUACAUUGCCAGAUGGAGACCAAACUUUUGUCGGCGAAAGAGGAAUAUCGUUAUCUGGUGGUCAAAAGGCGCGUUUAGCUCUUGCUAGGGCCGUUUAUGCCAAGGCAGAUGUCUAUUUCUUAGAUGAUCCACUAGCUGCUGUUGAUGAGCAUGUAUCGAAACACUUGGUGAAGUAUGUCAUUGGUCCUACUGGUCUUUUGAAGACAAAGACUAGGAUACUAACAACCAAUAAGAUUCACGUAUUGUCUGUUGCUGAUUCAAUCACCCUAUUAGAUAACGGUGUGAUUGUACAACAAGGCUCUUAUGAUCAAGUAAAUUCUAAUAAAGAUUCACCACUUUUUAAAUUGAUUGCCAAUUUCGGUAAACAGAAAAGUCAGGCAAUAGAGAAUAACGAAGACACUGUGGCAGAGGUUAAGACCUCUUCUAGCUCAAGUCCAUUGGUUCAAGAAGAUAUCAUUGACUGGUCGAAGUCAGCUAGUAAGGAUAUGAAUAAAUUCACAGAUGUGGGUAGUAUAAGAAGGGCUAGUGCUGCGACGUUGGAAAGUGCAGGUUUUAUUUUAGAUACUGAAAAUGAUAGCAAAAAAGAGCAUCGUGAAAAGGGUAAGGUUAACUGGAAUAUUUAUAUGGAAUAUUUGAGGGCUUGUAGCCCAGCGCAUGUUGCCUUGCUCAUAUUCCUAAUUGUAUUAUCGGCAUUUUUAACUCUUAUGGGAGAUGUUUGGCUGAAACAUUGGUCUGAGGUUAACACUCGUCUUGGUCGUAACUCUGAUAUAUGGAAAUACCUGGGAAUAUAUUUCCUAUUAUGUUUUAGUGCCUCAUUAUCAACAUUACUUCGGUCAAUUACAUUGUGCAUGUUUUGUACUAUCAAAGCCUCCGCUCGUUUACAUGAUGCAAUGGCAAAGGCUGUUUUAAGAGCUCCAAUGUCGUUUUUUGAGACCACCCCUGUUGGGAGGAUCUUGAACAGAUUUUCAAACGAUAUUUAUAAGGUUGAUGAGCUAUUAGGUAGAAGUUUUUCUCAGUUUUUCAUUCAUGUCACUAAAGUGGUCUUUACAAUGAUUGUAAUAUGUUCUAUUACAUGGCAGUUCAUCUUUUUCAUUUUGCCCUUGAGUGUGUUGUACUUAUUCUACCAACAGUAUUAUUUGAGGACCUCUAGAGAAUUACGUCGUUUGGCUUCAGUGACAAAAUCCCCGGUUUAUGCACACUUCCAAGAAACGCUCACUGGUGUUACAACUGUUCGAAGUUUUAAAAAGCAAGAUCGCUUUAUUCAUAUUAAUCAAUCUCGUAUUAAUACUUAUAUGUGUGCAUAUUACCUAAGUAUAAAUGCUAAUCGUUGGCUUGCUUUCCGCCUAGAAUUUAUGGGAUCCAUUGUGAUUCUCGCCGCUGCAGUUUUAUCUGUCUUCAGAUUGAAGCAAGGAAAAUUAACAGCUGGUAUGCUUGGUUUAGGGUUAAGCUAUGCUUUGCAAAUUACUCAAUCCUUGAACUGGAUUGUUAGGAUGACUGUUGAAGUAGAGACUAAUAUUGUAUCUGUUGAAAGAAUUAAAGAAUACACUGACUUGAAACCCGAGGCUCCGAUGAUUAUACCAACUAGUAGACCACCGAAGAACUGGCCAGCUAAUGGUGAUAUCAAAUUCGAACAUUUUUCUACACGUUAUAGACCUGAAUUGGAUUUAAUCUUAGAGGACAUAAAUUUGCAUAUCCAUCCACGAGAAAAAGUUGGUAUCGUUGGAAGAACCGGUGCUGGUAAAUCUUCAUUAACUGUAUCCUUAUUCCGUUUAAUUGAAGCAGCAGCGGGGCGAAUCUUAAUCGAUGACCUUCCUAUAGAUUCUAUUGGCUUGAACGAUUUAAGAAGUUCUCUAUCUAUCAUUCCGCAGGAUUCCGAAGUUUUUGAAGGGACUUUUAGGGAAAAUAUCGAUCCUUGCAACAAGUUUACAGAUGACGAAAUAUGGAACGCUUUAGAACUCGCCCAUUUGAAACAGCAUGUAAUGACAUUAGGAACAGAGGGUUUAAACACGUCUUUGAAGGAAGGUGGUAGUAAUCUAAGUGUGGGACAACGUCAAUUGAUGUGUCUUGCCCGUGCGUUGCUAGUGCCAUCGAAAAUCCUGGUAUUAGAUGAAGCUACUGCGGCAAUUGAUGUUGAAACUGAUAAGCUAAUUCAGAGAACGAUUAGAACUGCAUUUAAAGACCGAACCAUUUUAACCAUCGCACACAGGCUCAAUACCAUAAUGGAUUCUGAUAAGAUAGUUGUACUUGAUAAAGGCCGCAUUGCUGAAUUUGAUACGCCAUGCAACUUGUUGAAAGAUGAAACUUCAAUAUUUUAUUCAUUAUGUAACGAAGCGGGCCUGACGGAAUAG